GGAAGGAGCUGGGAGCGAAGCAGCUUCAUUCAGCCCUUGCCAGCCGGUCUGUCGGUCUGUCCUGCCGGCCAUGGUGCCUUCCGUGGCCGCGCUGCUCAGCCUCCUCGGAGCCGCAGCUCUGGCAGGGGUUCGUUCAGCACCAGUGGAAAAAGAUGGCCAUGUUGAAGAAAUGCUCACCCGGUGCAUUGUAGAGGUCCUUUUGAAUGGUCUGUCGAAAGCCAGUGCUCCACCCAUCAAUCCACAGUGCAAGGAGCUUCUGAAGAAAAGCAAUCACCAAAAGCAAGAAGAGCAAAAUGAAGGCCAAAACCUGGAACUCAACACAAGACACUUAUUGGAAUCAGAGGAGUUAGGGAAACCACUGGAAGGGACUGUGAAGGAAGAACAAGAUCUGAAUGAAGAAGAAUUUAAAAGAGAGGCCGAAGGAGGUGAGAAGUGGCAUCUGGCGGGAGGAAAACAAGCAGAAAAUGGCCACCCACAAGGCACCUCCCAUUCUUUUGAUGAAGCCCAUAAAGAAGAAAAAGAGAAUGAUGAUGAUAAAAGGGCUGAGGAGGAUGGCAGUCAUAAAUGGAUAAACCACAGUGGAGCAGGAAGCAAAGCAAAGAAACACAAUGAAGAGGCAGAGCACGAGCUUCUAGAAAAAAAGUCCCUUCCUACAGCAGGAAAGGUGGCUGAAGAGGACUACAAGCGUUCCGGGGGGCAAAGGUACUUGGAGGAAAUCGUACAUAGUGAAGAAAAGGGAAAAGAAGAAAGCAAGGAAGAAGAAGAUACUGAAGAGGAUGAAGAGGAGAGCAGUGAAAAAUAUCACCACAGUUUUCACCAAGAAUAUGAAGACUCUUCUGAGAGGGGAGAAGAUGACAUUGAGAAACGAGGCCGCAAACCAAGACAUUACCACCGGAAAUCAAGGCUGGACACUUCUGAAUACAAGAGACAUCAUAAUCGUGAGAAGAAGGCAUCAUCUGAAGAGUCAAGCGAGGAGGAAAGUGAGUUCUGGGAUAAAAGAAGCCAUGACCCAAAGCAUUAUUAUAAGACGGGACAUCUUUUUGAGGAAAAGCGAAACUCUGAUGAGAUGCAUGGCUCUGAAGAAAUGGAGGAAAAGAAGAGGAGUAGAGAGUAUCAGGACAGAUGGCCUCACAGCAGAGAGGACAAUGAAGAGGAAGACAUGAGGCAUCACAGCAGGGAGAAUGAAGAGAAACGGCACCACUAUGAGAGAAAAAGACUCUUUGAUGAACCACAAAGUGAGGUGAGAUACAACUAUGAGGAAAGGACACCUCACAGCAAAGGAAGUGAAGACGAAGGCAAGCCACAAAGUUAUGAUAGUAGGGAUGAGAAAAGGACUCAACAUGACAAAGAACGACAACAUUCACAGCUGGAGGAGAUGCCAAAGCAACAGAACAUAGAGAAGGAAGAAGGAGAACAAAGGCUGUACAACCCAGGGGAACAGCCCAGAGAAGAAAAAAGGCACAGUGGGCAUGCCGGUGAGGGAGAACUAGAAAAGAGGCACUACAAUGAGAGGGAAAAGCAUGUUGGUAAUAAAAGGACACUUCUGAUGGAGGAAGGCUAUCCAAGAAGCCACUACCUUGUAGAAAAUGUGAAAAGAGCUGUGCCUCCAUACAUCCCGUAUUACCAACAGCUUCAGUGGAAGAGCAGACACCCUGAAAAGAAAGACGAGGCCACUGAUCCGUUUUUGGAGAGUGAAGAAGAGCCCAAGUCCCGCCCGAACGAGGGAGAUUUCUUUCCCGAAUAUAGCGACUACGACUUGUGGGAGAAGAAGCCAUUUAUGGAUGGCCUGAACCACAAGCGCAAUGAGAACAACCAUCUGGAAAGGAGCCACAAACUUGAUGGGAAAAGGCAGUACAAUCGGAUGGAUGAGCUGGCCCACCUUCUGAGCUACCGGAAGAAAUCGGCAGAAUUUCCAGAAUUGUACAGCUCCAAGGAAGACGUGAAAAGGGGCCACGUCGUAAGGAAUGGCGAGGGCAAACUCAGUCAGAGGCCUCUGACACAAGAAGAGGAGAAAGAACUGGAAGAUCUGGCUGCUAUGGAUUUGGAACUGCAGAAGAUAGCCGAGAAAUUCAACAAUAACCGGAGGGGAUGAAUCCUGCCCAGCCUAAUAUGGGCAUGGUAAAUCAGAGCUCUAUUUACAGUAUCCUAUAUUUAUUGGUAAAGUCACUGCCACUGGUGUUGUUCCCCUUCCUUUCCUAAUCUGAAAUGCAGUUUACUAUCCACUGAAUAUGAUUUAAGCAGGGGCAAGCAUCUUUACAUUCCAAAUAUGCAAGGAAGAUCAGAUCAGCAUGAAUUCCAGCAUAGAGAAGACCAAUGUGCAAGGCAGACAUUUCAAAACGUGUGUAACAAUAAUUGUGUUUGUGUUCUUCAGAAAUAUGUUUUGUCUUAGUUUGAAAUAAAAAAGACCAUUACA